CAAAGUCCAGGUUUAGGGGACACAGGGCCAAGUCGCAGCUGGGACCGGGCUGGUGGGCGUGGGCCGGAGCCCCCUCUGGGCUCUGUUUACCCAAGGAGCCAGAGGCUGAAGUCCGAGGGCGGGGAGAGGUGCAGGCCUCAGGCCGUCGGCGCCUUUCAUCGAGGCGCCCCUGCACUUUGAAGACUCUCACUAGCUUGCCGGCUCGGGGACAGGACGCGAGCCGCAAUGCUGCGGCUGCUGGCGACCUGGGGCGCGGGGCCCGUGCGCUCGGGGCUCUGCCACUCCUGCCGGCAGGCUUCGGACGCUCCCCGGAACCAGCCUCCCAGCCCCGAUUGGGUGGCCCGGCCGGUGGGCCUCUGCUCCAUGAUGCGCCUGCCGGUGCAGGCCUCCCCCGAGGGGCUGGACGCCGCCUUCGUCGGGGUGCCCCUGGACAUCGGCACCUCCAACCGGCCGGGGGCGAGGUUCGGACCCCGCCGCAUCCGGGAGGAAUCAGCAAUGCUACGCGCGGCCAACCCUAGCAUGGGUGCCCUCCCCUUCCAGUCUCUUGCCGUGGCCGACCUUGGCGAUGUGAACGUCAAUCUUUACAACCUUCAGGACAGCUGUGGGCGGAUCCGAGAGGCCUACCAGAAGAUUGUGGCCUCGGGCUGUGUUCCUCUGACCUUGGGUGGAGAUCACACAAUCACAUAUCCCAUAUUGCAAGCCAUGGCAGAAAAGCAUGGCCCCGUGGGGCUGCUGCACGUGGAUGCCCACACGGACACGACCGACAAGGCCCUGGGGGAGAAGCUCUAUCAUGGGACGCCCUUCCGCCGCUGCGUGGACGAGGGACUCCUGGACUGCGAGCGGGUGGUGCAGAUCGGCAUCCGGGGCUCUGCUGCCACCUUAGAUCCCUACCGCUACAACCGGAGCCAGGGCUUCCGGGUGGUCCUGGCUGAAGACUGCUGGUUGAAGUCACUGGUGCCACUGAUGGCGGAAGUCCGGCAGCAGAUGGGAGGCAAGCCCCUGUACAUCAGCUUUGACAUCGAUGCCUUGGACCCCGCCUACGCACCGGGGACAGGGACACCUGAAAUUGCUGGUCUCACCCCGAGUCAGGCUCUCGAGAUCAUCCGCGGCUGUCAAGGCCUGAAUGUGGUGGGUGGUGACCUCGUGGAAGUUUCUCCGCAGUAUGAUGUUUCUGGAAAUACAGCCCUCCUGGCAGCGAACCUGCUGUUCGAGAUGCUGUGUACACUACCCAAAGUGACAACUGCCUGAGCUUUCUAGAGACUGCCUUGCUGGACAAUCUCCGGAAUUUAUGAGCCACAAUCUUGAGUAUGAGAGUUUAUGCCAGUAGAGCUGUCUGCUGGAAGUGUCACUGUGGCUAUAAAAUAAAGACAUUCAGAACUCUAACCCAAACA